AUGAAAAGUAUGAAUGAAGUUCUGGAACUGUUGGCAUCAACAGGAGAAGUUCGUACACAGACUACAAAUGGAGAGAUUGAUGUCAUAUGUUUCAGCCUGCAUCAACAAAUUAAGUUUUUUCAGAGUUUUCCAGAAGUAAUUUGCAUUGAUUCGACGUACAAAACGAAUAAGCUUGGUCUUUUUCAGUUAGUCGCAACAGAUGGGUGUGGAAAUGGUGGUUGUGUUAUGUUUGCUUUUUGUAAGAGGGAGACAGUGUUGGAUGUGACGUGUGUCCUGCAGAUGUUUAAAGCCAUUAUGGGAUGUACCGAUGCAACGAAAACGUUUAUAAUGGAUAAUUGUCAGGCGGAAAUAUCUUCGGUGCAGCAAGUCUUUCCACAUUGCAGGAUAGUCCUAUGCUCAUUUCAUGUGCUGCGAGCAUUUGGUCGGAAGUUUCGGAAUAGUGACAUACGGUUCGUACUACGAAGAAUGCUUUCAACGCGUUUUAGAGAAAGAUUUUACGAAUAUUACAGAUUACUUCAGGAUAAAUUCCCUCAAGCAUACCAAUAUUUAAAUGGACAAUGGAUGAAUAACAGGAGAAUGUGGGCUAGAUGCUUCAGGAGGAAACUUAUGACAUUGGGUUCCGGAGGUAAUUCAAAGGCGCAUAGACAAGUUGACGCCUUAUGCCGGGAAAUUAGUAUUCAACUGUUACCGGAAGGUUGA